CAGCGCAUUGUAUAUAGCUGCAUCCCGCGGAUGCACGUGGGGAAGCUUCUGAUUUCUCAUCUGCGGAGAGCGGAUAGGAAAGUAGGGACCAGGCGAAUAGGACGUUCUUCUGCAUGCAGCCUCCGCGCAAACAAGAAGCUUGGAGAAAAACGAAAGCGCGUGUAAACGCCAAUUAACGCCUUUUUAUUAGCCGGAACUGUUUCUGUGCUGCUCCUUAUGAAUCCAUGCAGUUAGCUAAUCACACCAGAUCACAUACGGAGCACCAUCUGUUCAUUUUCGAGCGACAAGAAAGAGUUUGUUCUGCCAGAAGCGGAUGGUUCAAUCUGUCUAUCCCAGAUUCAGUGGACUGCGCUUCGUCUGUGGACUGAUGAUCUUAUGUGGGCUACACAGCCGUGGGCUCAUGUUUUGAAACAAUGGGUCAAUGCAUUCGGUUGAAUGUUUAGCUGUAACGUCCGUGGAUGAUGGCAGGGGUACACGCUUCCGAGGCUGUGUCGGGACAUUUGCUAAAUCCUACCAUUGCAGCCUCUCCGUCACAGGACGCGACACAAAUAGCGGGGUUGAACAACAAUGACGCCACGGUGCUGCCUCCGACUGGCACCCGGGCAUACCUGGACAUUUCGGCGGCUGCCUUUGCCGCCGGGCACUCGGUCUAUGGGGCGGAGGGAGUUUACACCAACGGAAGGUACAUGGACCACGGGAGUCCUCGGACUGGCAGCAGCAGCCGUGACAAUUCAGCCGAAAGGAGUCAUGGAGGCGUGAACACACCUUGCGGCAUUAUGAAGGAUGGCUCCAAGCAGAGGCAGGUGAAGCAGAAGAAGACUGUCUCCUUCAGCUCCAUGCCCAACGACCGUAAGAUCAACAGCACAGCCGCCUGCAUGGCCUUCAUGAUGGAGGGCUGCGAGAUGAAGAAGGUGCGCUCCAACUCGCGUAUGUACAACCGCUACUUCCUGCUGGACCCGGACAUGCACUGGCUCCGCUGGGAGCCCUCCAAGAAGGACUCAGAGAAAGCCAAGUUGGAGAUCAAGAGCAUCAAGGAGGUUCGUCUGGGGAAGAAGACCCCUGUGCUGCGCAGCAAUGGCCUGUCCGACCAGUUCCCAGACGAGUGCGCCUUUUCCAUCAUCUACGGGGACAACUAUGAGUCUCUGGACCUGGUGGCCAGCACGGCUGAUGUGGUCAGCACCUGGGUGAUGGGCCUCCGUUACCUGGUCUCCUACGGGAGGCACACGGUGGAGGUGGCUGAGCCUAGCCAGCCCAGCCUGAGGACCUCCUGGAUCGGAUCGGUGUUUGAGCUGGCUGACAUGGAGAGGAACGGCCACAUUGACCUGUUCAGGGCCACCCAGAUCAUCAAGGGGCUCAACCUGGGAAUGAAGGAGUCCCGGAUAGAGCUGAAGUUCAAGGAGCUCCAGAAGGCCAAAGACCAGUACGGGGAGGACAUUGACAUGGAAACCUUUGUGGAGGCCUACUGUGAGCUGUGCACAAGGCCAGAGAUCUUCUUCCUGCUGGUGCAGUUCUCCAGCAACAAGGAGUACCUGGACAGCAAGGAUCUGAUGCUGUUUGUGGAGGUGGAGCAGGGCAUGGAGGGCGUGACGGAGGACAUGUGCCGGGACAUCGUCCAGAAAUAUGAGCCGUCCGCCGAGGGCCGGGAGAAGGCUAGCCUCUCCAUCGACGGCUUCACGCACUACCUCCUCUCCUCCGAGUGUCACAUCUUCGACCCCCAGCACAAGCGGGUGUGCCAGGACAUGAGCCAGCCGCUCUCCCACUACUACAUCAACUCUUCGCACAACGCCUCCCUCCUAGAGGACCACUUCUGGGGCUCCUCCGACAUCAGCAGCUACAUCCGGGCCCUGAAGAUGGGCUGCCGCAGCCUGGAGGUCAUUGUGUGGGACGGCCCUGACAACGAACCUGUGGUCUACGUGGGGAGCUCGGUGGCAUCUCAGCUAGCCCUCUGCAAGGUCUUGGAUAUUAUAAACCAGUAUGCAUUUGAGAGCUCUGAGUACCCCCUCAUCCUCUGCCUGGUGACACACUGCUGCAUCCCCCAGCAGAGGGUCAUGGCUCAGCACAUGAAGAAGAUCCUGGGAGACAAGCUGUACUUGGACGCCCCCGGCUCAGAGGACCACUAUCUACCCUCCCCAGAGAAACUCAAGGGUAAGAUCCUGCUGAAGGGCAAGCGGCUGCCCCCAAACUACCCCGAGUCAGAGGGGGAGGUGACUGAUGAGGAGGAGGGUCUGGAGAUGUCCAGGAGGGUGGGGGCAGAUGAUAAGGACCAUCUCAACGGCCUUGGCUGCAAACGGCUGAGGCUGUGUAAGGAACUGUCAGACCUGGUCUCCCUCUGUAAGUCAGUGCAGUUUAGGGACUUUGACAUCUCCAAGAGGGAUCAGAAAUACUGGGAGAUGUGCUCUUUCAAUGAGGUCGACGCCAACAGGUUCGCCAACGAGUUUCCCGAGGACUUUGUGUGCUACAACAAGCGCUUCCUCUCCAGGGUGUACCCUACUCCGAUGCGGAUCGACGCCAGUAACAUGAACCCCCAGGACUUCUGGAAGUGUGGUUGCCAGAUUGUGGCCAUGAACUACCAGACCCCGGGCCUGAUGAUGGACCUCAACCUGGGAUGGUUCAGGCAGAACGGGAACUGUGGCUACGUGUUGCGGCCUGCCAUCAUGAGGGAGGAGGUGUCAUACUUCAGUGCCAACGCCAGGGAAUCCCUGCCAGGGGUGUCCGCCCAGCUUCUCCACAUCAAGGUAAUUAGCGGGCAGAACCUGCCCAAGCCCCGGGGCUCCGCUGCAAAGGGAGACGUGGUGGAACCCUACAUCUACGCGGAGAUCCACGGCAUCCCGGCAGACUGCGCCGAGCAGAGGACCAAGACGGUCUCUCAAAACGGAGACAACCCCGUCUUUGAUGAGAGCUUUGAGUUCCAGAUCAACCUGCCGGAGCUGGCGGCGCUACGCUUCGUAGUGCUGGACGAUGAUUACAUCGGAGACGAGUUCAUCGGCCAGUACACCAUCCCCUUUGAAUGUCUGCAGCCGGGCUACAGGCACGUCCCCUUGCAGUCGCUGACGGGGGAGUUUCUACCCAACUGCACCCUGUUCGUACAUGUGGCCAUCACCAACAGGAGGGGAGGGGGCAAGGCCCACAAGAGAGGCCUGUCGGUGAGGAAGGGCAGGAAGGCUCGUGAGUACACCUCCACCAAGACCACCGGGAUCAAGGUGGUAGACGAGCUCUUCAGAGCAUCCACCCAGCCUCUGAGGGAAGCCACAGACCUCCGGGAGAACGUCCAGAAUGCCAUGGUGUCGUUCAAGGAGCUGUGUGGUCUGACGCCGGCGGCCAACAUGAAGCAGUGUAUCCUGACCGUGUCCACUUGGCUGAUGAACAGCGAGCGAGCGCUUAGGGUCACUGUGGACCUGAGUCAAGCCUACCCUACUAUGGAGGCCCAGGGGCCCGUCCCCGAGCUGCUCCGCAAGGUCCUCAACGCCUACGACAUGAUGAUUCAGACGAGCCGGACGCUGAUUGAGUCAGCUGACGUGGUCUACUCCAAGCUCACACAAGCACAACGAGCAGGACUGGACUUCCAUGUGGACCUUCACAGGAUCGGGGCGAAGGAGGGCCUGAAGGGCCGGAAGCUACAGAAGGCCAUGGAGAGCUACGCCUGGAACAUCACCGUCCUCAAGGGUCAGGCGGACCUGCUGAAGCACGCUAAGAGUGAGGCUUUGGACACACUGCGUCAGAUCCACUGUGCCACCCAGUCCUGUGGCCUGAGCAAGAACGGAGCUGCCUCCCCUCAGCUCCAACACCAGUACCAGGCCCAGCCCCACCAUCCACCCCAACCUCACCAUCUCCAACCUCAGGCCCAGAACCAACCCCAGCCUCUGUCCCAACCCCUGGCGGAACCCCAGCCCGAGGCCCAAGCACAGCUCCAGGCCCAGCUCCAUACUCAACACCAUCCCCUGCCUCCCCUCCCGCCCCAGCCCCCACAGUAUAGGGCAGCAGGCUCUCAUGAUGCCAUCUCUGAGAACGAGACGGCCAGCGAUGGUUCCUGCUGACCCGUUGCCUGUACCCGCAGUGGAGUCCACCCAAAGAGAGACAGGGAGAGGAGAAUAGAAAGAGAGAGGGUGCUUGAGAAGCAGAGAGGAGAAGAGCAAAGAAAAUGGAUGGUUCCUUUAACACCCCCGAAGAUGGACAUGCAGAGUGAGAUAGAAAGGAAAAAAGAGGAGAGGGAGAAGGAGAGAAGGAAGAAGGAGAAGGAGGAGAGAAGGAAGGAGA